GCUCCCUCUCCACCACCAUCUACGAGGCUCCAUCACCAUCCAACAUCUACCAGGCUCCCUCUCCGCCCCCCAUCUACCAGCCUCCAUCCAACAUCUCCCAGGCUCCCUCUCCGCUCCCCAUCUACGAGGCUCCAUCACCGUCCAAAAUCUCCCAGGCUCCCUCUCCACCACCAUCUACGAGGCUCCAUCACCGUCCAAAAUCUCCCAGGCUCCCUCUCCACCACCAUCUACGAGGCUCCAUCACCGUCCAAAAUCUCCCAGGCUCCCUCUCCACCACCAUCUACGAGGCUCCAUCACCGUCCAAAAUCUCCCAGGCUCCCUCUCCACCACCAUCUACGAGGCUCCAUCACCGUCCAAAAUCUCCCAGGCUCCCUCUCCACCACCAUCUACGAGGCUCCAUCACCGUCCAAAAUCUCCCAGGCUCCCUCUCCACCACCAUCUACGAGGCUCCAUCACCGUCCAAAAUCUCCCAGGCUCCCUCUCCACCACCAUCUACGAGGCUCCAUCACCGUCCAAAAUCUCCCAGGCUCCCUCUCCACCACCAUCUACGAGGCUCCAUCACCGUCCAAAAUCUCCCAGGCUCCCUCUCCACCACCAUCUACGAGGCUCCAUCACCGUCCAAAAUCUCCCAGGCUCCCUCUCCACCACCAUCUACGAGGCUCCAUCACCGUCCAAAAUCUCCCAGGCUCCCUCUCCACCACCAUCUACGAGGCUCCAUCACCGUCCAAAAUCUCCCAGGCUCCCUCUCCACCACCAUCUACGAGGCUCCAUCACCGUCCAAAAUCUCCCAGGCUCCCUCUCCACCACCAUCUACGAGGCUCCAUCACCGUCCAAAAUCUCCCAGGCUCCCUCUCCACCACCAUCUACGAGGCUCCAUCACCGUCCAAAAUCUCCCAGGCUCCCUCUCCACCACCAUCUACGAGGCUCCAUCACCGUCCAAAAUCUCCCAGGCUCCCUCUCCACCACCAUCUACGAGGCUCCAUCACCGUCCAAAAUCUCCCAGGCUCCCUCUCCACCACCAUCUACGAGGCUCCAUCACCGUCCAAAAUCUCCCAGGCUCCCUCUCCACCACCAUCUACGAGGCUCCAUCACCGUCCAAAAUCUCCCAGGCUCCCUCUCCACCACCAUCUACGAGGCUCCAUCACCGUCCAAAAUCUCCCAGGCUCCCUCUCCACCACCAUCUACGAGGCUCCAUCACCGUCCAAAAUCUCCCAGGCUCCCUCUCCACCACCAUCUACGAGGCUCCAUCACCGUCCAAAAUCUCCCAGGCUCCCUCUCCACCACCAUCUACGAGGCUCCAUCACCGUCCAAAAUCUCCCAGGCUCCCUCUCCACCACCAUCUACGAGGCUCCAUCACCAUCCAACAUCUCCCAGGCUCCCUCUCCGCCCCCAUCUACGAGGCUCUAUCACCAUCCAACAUCUACCAGGCUCCCUCUCCGCCCCCCAUCUACCAGCCUCCAUCCAACAUCUCCCAGGCUCCCUCUCCGCCCCCCAUCUACCAGGCUCCAUCACCGUCCAACAUCUACCAGGCUCCACCUCC